AUGUGCAGCUAUAGUCCCUAUCUCUUCGAUUUCGUCGUCACGCUUGGUGGUGAUGGAACAGUACUCUUUACCUCAUGGCUCUUCCAACGAAUCAGUCCUCUUGCCCUCACAUUUGCACUCGGCUCACUAGGAUUCCUUACCAACUUUGAUUUUGCCGACCACCAGGCUGUCAUGGAUUCUGCUAUCGACUCUGGUAUACACGUCAAUUUGCGAUUGUGA